GCAGCGCCUCCUGUUGUCCGGCUGCAGGUCGGGCUCAGCUCCUUCCUAGGGUUGCUCCCGGAGGUGAGAGCACAGGCGGAUCCCGGCCGUAAGCUUAGAGAGCCCUUCGGCUCGCUGUACAUAUCAGCAAGGCCGAGGCAGAGUCAGCCGCAGCUGGAAAUUCCCUUCAGCCCGGGACGCCGUGUUGCAGCCCUGGUGGAGAAAAGCCUUCCCUGUAUGAAGAGGAGGGUCCUGGCAGCUCAGCUCACGGCCACAGGAAAAAGCGGGUGUUUCAGUAGUUGCCCUUGCCCCGCACGUGAGCCUCUGGGAAGCCCUAUGUGGGAUGCUCCGAGAGCCCAGCGCGAUUCGUCCGUACGCUUUGCAGCAGGCUCAGCGGGAAGGGAAGGGCUCUCCUGGGAUGGAGGACGCGUGAGAGCAGCCAGGAGCUCUCCAGGCGCGCUGAGCUGCUUAUGCGUUUUCUAGACUUCAGGAGGGUAGCCCUGGCCCGAUUCACACCGAGCCUUUGCCCAGCUCUCGUUAGAGUAGCGCCAGUUUAUGAUCAAACUGUACGCUGAUGGGGUUUUUUUCCUUUUUUUUUUUUUUCUUUUUGGUCCAAGGGGGAGCUGUUUAUGCAGCCUGGAGAAAGGCGCAGGCUGAGGUGAUCCGAUUUUCCCCAUCUACACAUCUCAGCUCCUGGCUCCACCGGCGCGUGCUGCCAGGGAGGGAAACAUAAUAACUGACCUAAAAGAGGGAAGUAUGUGCGUGCGGUCUGGGGGGGUGUGUGGAGCGGGGGAGGACGUCCACGGGAGCCCGCGGUGCCGGCGCAGGCCGUGAGAGCUGGGCCCCGCAACGGCCACUCAGCAAGAGGCCGCUUUUUGGGAAGAGCAUCGCUGCGGGCUCCCGGCUGUCGGGCCGGGCCGAGGGGCCUCGCCCGUGGGAAGGGCCCUCCGGCCGCGCCGUGGGGAACAGAGCGGGCACCGGCGCGGCGCUGCCCACGCGGGGAGCCGCCACGGCCCGGGAGCCCGUCGACGCCCCUUGCCCAGCCCUGCUGGGGAGCGCUGCCCGCAGAGGCAGCGCCCGCCGGCCACCCCUUCGGUUUAACCUACAGGGUCUCGUUUGGUUUUACCCUAACGCCAUCGCCUCCUGGCUGGGAAUCUCGCGGCCAGUGCUUGUGGGACGGACCGGGAAGGAGCUGCGAGGCGGUGUCCGCAUCAGGGUGCCUGCCCUCCUCCCCACUCUACAGCCGCCUUUUCUUUCCCCCGGGUCUGCCUCCUGCAGAGGGCCGCUGGUACCCGGCUUUCCAAGCGGGCCCUACACGAGGAGGGGAGCUGCGAAGCGAGUCGCCUCAAACGCAGUGGGACCCCUCAGUCUCUCCUACCCCCUCCCUGUCCUUACCCAUCCACGCCUCACGACGGUGGGAAAUGCCUCUUUCCAUCUGUUUCCGACCCGGAAUCCUCCCCCACCCGAGCGGGCGAACAGUGAUCGGGUGGGAACGUGCCGCUGGCCGGGGUCGGGUCCUUUGGACGGGACGGGACGGGGAGCCCGGGCGGUCCCCGGGCACUCCGGGAGCGGGUGUCGGUGGCCGCCGGGAGCGCCCCUCGCUCCGGAGGGAGCCCAUCGAGGCUGCGGCGAAGUCGGGGGGCUUGGGUGCCUCCCUCCCACGGGCAGAGCCGCCCUGGUUCUGCGCUCCUGCCGCUGGGCCCUCGAUGAGGACAGCCGGCGGGGGUCCCUCCGGCUGCCCGGAGCACCCCCCGGCGGGGCGGUGGCUCCUGGGUCCCCGUCCCCGGAGCUGGCGAGCCGGUGCGAUGCGACAAGGUGGCGUUUAUGCUCCUCUGGCCCGGGGGCAGCGCCUGGGCAGGGGAAGGCGCUGCAUGGGGCCAACACUUGCGUUGGAGCCUUUUCUGCGUGAACUUUUCCUACCCACGACGAUCACAGCAAAGGGGACCCCCUUCCCCCGAGCAACCCGAGGUCUAAUGGCCUGGAUGGCUAACGGGGAUCCUUCGACACAGAUCAACUACUUCACAUUCCACCUUCUGCUCCUCCAACUACUCUGGGAUUCCUGCUAGAGAGAGGGAGAAGCAAAUUAGACACCAAAUAGGUAGGUUUCCUAGGACAUAUUACAGGGCUUUAAUCAGUUAUCUUGCUAUCAGAAGAAGAAAACCUGCUAUUAAUUGGGGCAUAAUGUGAACAGAUAAUGAGUUUUUAAUCUUCAAUAAGUUUUUAGUUUUAUUAGCAAGGUAAAAGUGGGCCAUCUAGCCCGGUGUAAGAAGCAUUGUUUUCAAGAAGUACACUGGCUACACCCUUGAACUCCAGGAAUACAAUUAGGUAGGAAAGAAAAAGCUACAAAGCUGUAGCUGAAAGCUACAAAGAAAGGAGAGGACAAUAGAAGCCUGUUAGAUCAGUGGACCUUUUCAAUUUGUUGAGUGACAUAUUUGAAUCCAAUAGACAUAUUUGAAUCCAGUUAGUCCUUACAGUUCCUUGUUAUCACUCACUGGUGUUUGGGGACCCAAACUGAAGAAAAAAAAAGACUUUAUUUUUACCCACCAUAAGAGACAUAAGUGGAUUACAAAUAUACCCUUGUGAACUGUUGCAGCCCAGAGAUUCAUGGAAAUUCCAGUGCUUUGAGUUCAGAUUAUAUGCGUGAAACCCUUCCCCCGCCCCCGACUGCUACAAGCUGCUUCACUUUGCCUGUGUUGUAAACAACCGGCCUUCCUGGGAACCUGGUCAAUGUGACCUUGUAGACUUGUGCCAUAGUUAUAACCAUCUUGAUAGAUUCGCUUUGGCUUUUCACAUUAUUUUUUAAAUUUAUACGCUAAUUUUUUAAAAUUUUGUUUCCUGAAGUUUGAUGAUUUUUGGCACAUGUUAUCAUCCCUAGAUCUGUUAGACACUGAAAUGGUCAUACAUUUACUUGGUCCACUUUGUUAAAACUUAGCUUGCACCAGACAGCUGUCAAAUAUAUUUGAUACUUCUGUUCUCUGAAGGCCAGGCUGGUAAAAGUAUAAGACACGGAGUCAGGAUUCCUCCCAGAGAACUGGUUUCAGACAUUUUGCUCAUGUCAGUACUGCAAAGCCAGUCGGUUUAUGGAGCCUGAGGUAGAGUCUACCCUGGUGUGGGCAAACCCUAGUGUUGUAAAUUAUGUCCCGAUGACAGAAACUUUACAGAUGAUGAUAAACAAGUCAAACACAGCUGAGCUGGCCUUUCAUCUCCAAGGUGACCCUUUGACAAUUAGCAAAAUUAGUUUGACAGGAAAAAUGCAUCUGUAAUAGCGUUUAGGAAGCAGCCGCAUUGCACAGCACACAAAUCCCCAGCGAUGCUAGCUGUAUGUUUGGUUUUCAGGGCAAAAUGUUAACUUUAACUGAGAGCAGAACCAGGUUUGCCACAUACAGAAUAGAAACGAGGCUGUACUGUACUGGUACCAGCCACCUUGGCCACACCACAGCCUUUAGAAACGCGUGGUUCAGCUUGAACGCUUCGCCACCGUCUCCGGAAGACACCAACACUUGCAGACCGUCAAAUACGAGCUCACUCAAGGGAGUAAAUUCCCACCGCAGCCCCACAGGCUGCAUACAGUAGGAGAAAAUUCCUGAAAAACACAAGCACUUUGGACUCAGUUAUGUGGAAGAGCUGAAUAUGAUUAAGGAACGUGAGACCAUGUGCAGGGAAUCUCAGUGGGAUAGUCUGAAGAUCAAACAAGGAAUAGUUACUGCUCCUAGAAACGUGAGCAUUUAGCCCUUACUGGAAGUUUUAACACCAGAUCAAUCGCAUCACUUAAGGACAUUAUCCUCUCCAGAGGUCAAAGAGUCCACAUAAGCCUGUCAUGAAUAUAAAUAAAAAUAUUCCUAAUUAAUUCAAUAGGUGUUCUGAUGUUCACAGAAAAUAAGGAUAUAUUCUGAAGUAAGAGUCAUGAAGAAACAAACUCCUCAUCUCAGGAUGAUGAUUCAAAGAAAUAAAUCUGUGGAAGAAGACAGUACUGACAAAAAUCAGAGAAGUUGCUCUGAAAAAGUUAACGGGGAAAGUGCCAUUUGUAGUCGUGACAGUACAGGUGUAAAACUGCCAGUCAUAGCAUCAUUUGCAGGUACCACUAAAAGAAUUGUAAUGGUCAAGCACCCAGCACCACCUCAGAAGCCAAGUUACUGCAGGUCUAAUUUUCAUGUUAAGAGCUCCCCCAUCUCAUUAGAAAAGACAAAAGCUUUUAGUAAAGUAAAGGAUAGAGUGCAUAUGCUACAGAUAGAUCCCCAGAAUUUAAAAAGAGAGAAAACUGAAGAAACAGAUACUGUGAUUAAAGAUAGUGGUGAAUUUAACUCUACAAGUUCUGAUACAAGUAAAAACAUUUCAAGAAAGGGAAAAAUAACCUGGGAAAGCUGUAAGAAGAGAAGCAGAGCAAUUUCAAAAGCAAAGCAACAAGAUUUAGAUGUUGAAUCGGGAAGAGUGCUGAGAAAAGGAAGCAAGCAGCCAAGUGUGAGGUCUGCUCGAGAACAGUUGGAAGAGACAAGGGAUGUGACUAGACCAGACACUUCAAAAAUAUACGAGAAGAACUUCCAGCAGAGCAAACCUGAAGAGCCUACUUCCACACCAGCGCUGCCUGUGAAAGUGGUUGCAAGGUCUAUUGAUGAAAUAAUUGCUUCCCUGCAGUCUACUUCUCCAUCUCCCUCCGACCAGACGAUCAAAGAACUCCUGGAGAGUGUUCUUGGCCAGAACUGCAACAUAAAAAUGGAAGCACCAAUUGAACAUGAGGAAAUAAAAACUGGAUCUCAAGUCCUGCCAAGUUUUCACCAAGCAAGCCUGACACCAGUAGUUCAGAAAGAGUCUCAAGCAGCAGAAAACGGAUCUCGGCCUAAAGAUGAACUGUUAACAUAUAAUAAGCAGGUUCCAUCCUUGGAUGUGCUACAGGUGGAAGGAAAAGCAAUAUCAAAAAUUAAACCAGAUGAAGUUCAGAAAGAGCUACAAGAGGAACACGACUUACAACAAUCUUUGCCUCCUCAGGCUUCAAAUGUCAAAGGUCAACAUCAUCCAGGCAUUCAUCGUCUAUGUACUGCUUUUCCUAGUUUUAUAUUGCCUCCGUAUUUACAACUGGUUUCUAGAGUUUAUCAUACUUUAGACAGAAGAGGUCACAAUACCUUAUUUACAGCAGAGGUCAUGGACGAUGAGGAAGAACCAAUGUAUUCCACAUAUAUUAAUUUGAAAGAACAAGCUGAAAAGAAAAGAAUUUGUUAUGAAGGAGUUCCUAUUUCAGACCAAUUCCAGAAUAAUUGGACAGAUGGGAUUCACUUUCUCCCCCCUCAUACAUCAAAAAGUUUAACUGAAUGCCAAAAAGUAUCUGAAUAUUGUCUUAAAAAGCCGCAACUUCAACUGUUAGGAGAGAAAGUUUCCAUUUAUCCAGAAGCUUUAAAAAUGUUUUGGGCUCCAGCUCCACCGAAAUUCUCUGCUCCAAUUUCUUCAUUAAAGGAAAUUUUAUUUCCUACAUAUGAGAGCAACGUUAUUGAGGAUGUUGUAUUGGAAGAUUUUUUCACUGAUCAUGAAGAAGAGUUAGAAGCUGAACAAGAUGAUAAUGAUUUCUCUGAUUAUGGACUGACAAAAAGUUUACUGAGAAGGUGCCAGUCCUUGCCUGAUUUUUCUGACUGUGAGAGCUCAGAGACAAGUUUGAUUAAAAGAUCCGUCUCAGCUCUGGAGAUGACUGCUCUCAAAGACGAAAUUACAUUAAAUAUGUCAGCUAAUUUCAAAAUCAGCAUGAAAGAGUUGGAGGUUAUGAAGCAACGGAUAGCUGAGCCAGAGGUUGAGCCAGAGAUCAGGAAAAGCUCCCCUACCAAGCAUCUAUUGAAUCAAAUCUGUGAUGAUCCUCAGUCAGUGCAGGCAGACAUAGCAGUAGAAAAACCGCCUACUUUGACCAGACAAGAGGAUAGUGAGAAUGACAUUGUUCUUGUGGAGCAACCUCAAAAGGCUGGGAUUAAAUACACUGUUUUCCCAAGAAGAAAGAAAACAAAGAAAUCAAAGAAAAUAAUAAACCCUAGAAAAUUAGAAGCUGUGAUUAAGAAAUUAAGUCAACGCCCAAAGAUUCUUAAAAGGUCUGUGUCUCUGGGAAGGCUUCCUAUUAAUGAUAAAUUCAGUAUCGAGGUGUCUUCAGCAAUCAAACAAUAUCAGAGCCCCAGCAUCCCUUGUUUGUUAGAUUUUGAAAAGUUUGCAGAAGUGAGGGGUGGAAUUCCAAAAGAAACUUCUGCUCGCAUGUGGGUCAGUGGAAUAUGGAGCUGCUGGUUUGAUGAAACUUUCCCUCCUAGUGGGACUGCUUCUGAGGAGAAGGAUACUGAAUUACUAAAAGGAACUGAGGUGGUGGACUCUCAAGAGGCAAAUCUACAGAUAGAACUAGCUGACUCAAUACAGCCUGUUCUUCUUGAAGGUGCAACGGUUAGUAUUGGAGAUUUAGAAGAUGAAGUAAAAAGACUGUCUGAGCUAAUAGCAAAGGAAAAGCAUCCUUCAGCCUUUCACUACUGCAGGCGCGGAGCAAUACAAAGAAAGUUGGGCAAGUUAAAGUCAGCUAUGGAUGACUUGGAAAAAGCUAUAAGCUUAGAACCACUACUGCUUAAUGCUUACUGGCAUAGACAUUUGAUUUACCUCUUUCAAGACAGAAUUUCUGCUGCUUUGGUUGACCUGAAUUUUAUAACUAAAUGGAGCAAAAAUAAAGCCGAUGCAUACCUGUCAAUGGCUGAAAUUUACAGGAAACAAGGUGAUAAUACAUUGGCAAUCAUCAGUUAUAGCUCUGCAAUAAAAUGCAGACCUACAGAUGAUGACAUUUAUUUUAGGAGAGCUGAGUUGUAUUCUGAAGAAAAUCAAUUGUUAUUGGCCAUGGACGAUUAUGCCAAAUGUUUUCAGUAUAACCCGAAAAGAACAGAUGCACUUAUGAAACGUGGAAUACAUUUCUUUGACCAUUCAGUCUUGACUACAGCUAUUCAGGAUUUUACAGCUGUGAUCAAGGAAGACCCCAGCAAUGCUCAGGCGAGGCUGUAUCGUGGAAGAGCAUAUGCUAAGCAGCAGCAGUACAGAAAUGCAUUACAAGACUUAGCAGCAGCGGUUCAUCUAGACCCUUCCUGUUGGUUAGCAUUCUACUAUAGAGGUUGCAUACUACGACAGAUUGAUCCAAAAAGAGCUCUGCAGGACUUCAGUGUUUCUGUACUCAUCAACGACACUCAGGAAAAUUUCUGUUCUUUUCUUCACCGUGGGAUUGUUUACUCAGAACAGUGUCAAUGGUCACUUGCAGUCUGUGAUUUUGAAAGUGUCCUAGCUUUGGACAGCUCUGUCAUCUUUGCUUACCUAAAUAUUGGUUUGAUACUCCUGUUGCAUCUUGAUCAAUACUAUGAAGCUAUUCGACAGUUUACUAAUGCCAUUGAAAUUGAUCCUCUCAAUGUUCGAGCCUAUGUAUGCAGAGCGCAAGCAUAUCAUAAGAUUCAUAAUUUAUCAAAUGCUGUGAAGGACAUAAACCGAGCCAUUCAUCUUUAUCCAAAUAAAUCACAACUUUACAUAUUAAGGGGUCAGUAUUUAAUGGAGUUGAAGAAAUAUGAGCUGGCAAGUUUAUGUAUUCACCAACUUGCAGAAAUGGAUGAAGAAUCCUUCACAUCUCAGCCUGUUCAGCAAGCACUCAUUCAGUCAUUUUGUCAAAAUCACAAUAAGGCCAUAGAGUGCUUACGUGAAGCUGCUGUAACUCAACCUGAACCUUCAACGUUUGUUAUUUUAGGAAAAAUACAAAUGAAAACCAAGAAAACCAAGGAUGCUGUGAGAAGUUUUAAAAAAGCUAUGAAGCUCCUGAUGACCUCAGCAAAAAUGCUGCCUAAUACAUUUGAAGCUGCAGAAAUGUAUUAUCUCACAGGCCUGUGUUACAUGGAGCAAAAAAGUUUAUUACGGGCCCGUGAUGCUUUUAGUAUGGCUAUCAGACUACAUUCAAGUUACCCAGAUGCUUUUUAUCAGCGAGGGCUGUGUAGAAUGCAGCUCAGACAAGCUGAGUGCAUCCGAGAUUUCAAUCGAGCACUUGCCCUUUGUCCAUCACAUUUCCAGGCAUAUAUGAGUCGUGCUGCUUACUAUGGAAGUAAAGGUAGAUACUCUAAGGCAAUUCUGAAUUGCAAUGAGGCAAUCAAAAUUCUUCCUAACAGUGAGCGAGCUUAUUUUUACCGAGGAACUUUAAAGUAUCAAAAUAAGACAUUUAAAGCUGCAAUUGAAGAUCUUUCGAAAACUAUCGACCUCAACAAAACCAGCAUUUUGGCAUAUUAUAACAGAGCUGUCUGUUAUCAUCAAAUAAAGGACUUCAGAAAGGCUUUGAAAGAUUAUGGAAUUCUUCUCCUUCUUGAAUUGAGUAAGGAAAUAUCUCUCAAAGUGUUAAUUAAUCGUGGACUACUCUACAUGGAACUUGGCGAUUAUGCUAAUGCCUGUGAGGACUUUAAAGAAGCAACAUUGCUUAGUCCAGAUGACAGCCAGAUCUUUCAAGCUAUUGGAAUCUGCUAUCAUAGACUUCAUGAGUUUGAAGAAGCUGUGAGAUCAUUUGACCAGGUUCUCAAACUAGAUCCUGUUUCUGUGGAUGCCUAUGUUGGACGAGGAAAUUCAUACAUGGAAAGUAGACAUGAGGCUGGUUGUAAACAAGCACAGAAAGAUUUCUUGAGAGCAAUUCACUUGAAUCCAAAGUGUAUAAAAGCCAGAAUUUGCUUAGGAUACAACUUGCAGGCCCUUGGAAAGCUUCAGAGAGCAUGGAGCCAGUUUACAGUUGUUAUUUGCAUUGAUCCAAAAUGCUGUGCUGCAUAUGAUGGACGAGCUUCAGUCUGUCUUCAAAUGGGUGAAACUUUUGCUGCAUUUCAAGAUACAAAUGCCGCACUAAAGCUCACUACCACUGCUCCGCUGCUAACAAAUCGGGGUUUCAUCAAUCAGUUAAUGGGGUAUCUACCCUGUGCCAUGAAGGACUAUCAACAAGCAAUUUCUGUUGACCCAAACUAUGCAUUAGCCUAUUUCAAUGCAGCAAAUAUCUACUUCCAUAAUCAACAGCUUUCACAGGCCUAUUGCUAUUAUUCCAAGGUAUUACAACUUGAUCCAAGAAAUGAAUCUGCUGUUAUGAAUCGUGCUAUUACAAAUACAUUACUAAACAAUAUUGAAGAAGCAAAAGAAGACUUUGAGAAGGCAAUAUGUCUCUGCCCAUUCUCUGCAGCAGUGUAUUUUAACAGGGCAAAUUUCUAUAACGGACUGAAGCAAUAUGAACUAGCUGAGAAAGACAUUUCAACAGCAUUGUCAAUUCAGCCUAAUGAUGCCUUGAUGUAUAAAUUUAGAGCUGAUAUUCGUGGUAAAUUGGGUUUCAGUAAAGAGGCUGUAGAAGACUACAAACAAGCAAUCAGCAUUCAAGAACAGCUUGAUUCCAUGUGAAAAGACCAUCUAUUGCAAUGUAUGAGAACCAAUCUGAGAACUGAAAUUUGAAAAGGACACGAUUCAGUUUGAGUAAGGUUACUUGCUUCCACUUAAAUAUAUUACACCGUGCCAGUUUGAAAAGGCAGGUAAAAAUGCAUAAAUAAUAGAUCAUAGUUUUGUGUUCUAAGCUCUAAGAAUGGGCUUAAGAACAGGCUGUCACCUGUUCAAACAUGGAGAUUGAAAUGUGAAUAUAUGUGACCAAAAUUUGAAAAUUGUCAGGCUCUACCCAUGUACUAAAUUCAACCCCCAAGUUUGGCGUAAUGUGGUGAAGGUAGCAAAAGGAUGAAGCAAAACAGAUAUCUUUGUCUCAGAAAAGAGAAAAAGAAGGAAAGUUAAGGUCUUCAGCAUGCAAGCAGUUCUGUGGUUUCAGACAGUGGAAAGAUUUCUAAAGGCACAAAUGGCACUUCAGUGCAUAAUCCCAGUAGUACGUUGUAUGUAUAAUGUCAGUUUAGGUUUAAAUGUAAAAUGCUAUCAAUUUUACUCUUGAAAAAGGGCAAAAGGAAGGAUGAGAGAGACCUUCACAAAACAAUAGACCUAUCAUAUGCUGAUAUGUGCCUGUAAUUACCUAACGUUCUUUAUGUGGAAUAAUCCCUAGAUAGAGAAUAAUCCAGAAUAAAAUAAAAAUUAAAUUAUCUAAUUUAUAUAAAGUUAGUAUUAAAGAGUUACAUUAGUCCAUUUAACUUUAGAACUGACCUUUUUUGAUACGCCUAGAAUUAAGUGAUUUUUUCAUUUAGGUACUAUUGAGAUGAAAGUAAAAAAUGUCAUUGCUUUGUCUCACAGAGUUGCAUUUUAUUUUCUCUGAGUACUUAGCACAUUGCUAUACGCUAUUUCUGCAAAAAAUACCACUUCUUGCAUACCUACACAGUGUAUGUUUAGCCAAUGUGAUAGUGACUGGAAUUCUAGCUUUGUUCUGGUAUUUAAAUUUUUGCAUUUGUAAUAUCACAUUACAUCGUAAAAAUUCCUAUGCUUGUCACCUUGUGAUUAUUUGGGUUGAAAAAAAAAGUACUGUGGAAAGAAAAUUCAAAGUAUCACAGCUAAGAGCAGUUAACUCAGUAAAGCAUUUGACUCCAUCCCUACUCUUCUUGACUAUCCUCUUAUCUUGUUUUUUUAGUAUCUAAUAUGAUGAGACCUUGCACUUGCAAGAUCUGUGGUGAUAAGGUUGUCUGGAAUAGAUGCAUCGUACUUAACAUGUAUAGAAGUUAAACAAGUUCAAAAAAUUCUGUAUUUAAUGAUUGUUUAUUCAUGAUUAGUGUUUCUGAUGUUUAAAAAUGAAUGUUUAUAGAUAUAAACAAUAAAUUAAAAUAUUUCUAGAUGAUGUAGGAUGUUGCAUAUUAAUAUUUCUUUCUAGUAUUAUACAUUAGAGUGUUACUAGAAAUCUAUUUGGAAUGACAGUUUGUCUUUUCUGUUCUCCAGUAAUUUGAAAUAUGAAUUUCUAUUAACAGCUGUUAGAUGUAUUAGUUUUACCACACUCAAUCAAAAAAAAAAAUCUGAUAGACUGCAACACACAAUAGGGAGAAAUUUUUUGUGACUAUUACAGAAUUCAAGAAUCAGAAUAACUAUGUCAGGUCUGAUUAGACCAUUGUAGCUACAUGUUUCUGUAAAGAGUUUUGCUUUUCAGGGUUUUUGCUUUUUUGCCUUUAAUGUUGACAGUUAUGUUACUAAAGCUAGGUUUGUGAAGUCCAAGCGAUUGAAUAAUUACUUACUCUUUUUCCCCUCUUGUUCUUUUUUCUUAUUUAAUUACCUUAUUUAUUUUUGCAGUAUCAUCCCUUACCCAAGUGGAUCAAAUGUAAUGUAUGAAGUAUAAAUAUAUGUCUCUAUUUCCAUGCAUGAUUAUCACGGUUGUUGAUGCAAAUUGGGGAAUUAUUUACCUAGUUUCAUGGAUGCACAGAAGUUGAAGUUUGCUUGAAGGAUGGUGUUGGUGGUAUUUUUGUUCCCUUUCUCCUUCUUCACAUGCCUCUUUCAGUGCUCUUUUUUAUUAUCCGAUGAAUUGUUUAUUGAUGAAAUUGCUAAAUUAUG